AUGAAAGCCAUCGAGUUCAUUGUUGUUGUUGUUGUUUUUUUCAGUGUUCCCGAAUUAAAUCCGGCCGUCUAUGGGCUUUCGCUGAACGACAACAUCAAAAGCGAUUAUUCGCUCAAUGAUUUGGCCGAACAAUUGCGGUUGAUCUACUGCGGACCCUUAGCUAUUGAAUUUAUGCACAUCAAUAAUUGGGAGGAGCGAAAAUGGCUCUCGGAAAACUUUGAGAAUAGCAUAACCCAGGAAAUUAGGAAUGAGGAAGCUAUCAGAAUUGCCAAGCUCAUGCUCAAAUGUGAGAACUUUGACAAGUUCUUGGCCACAAAGUUUCCGACUUUGAAACGAUAUGGCGCUGAAGGUGCCGAAUCGAUGUUUGCGUUCUUCUCGGAAUUGUUUGAAGGUGCUUCUGAGAAGUCGAUCGAGCAGAUCAUCAUUGGAAUCGCCCAUCGUGGAAGACUGAACUUGCUCACGCAACUUAUGGAAUUCCCACCAGUUCACAUGUUUAGAAAAAUUAAAGGAAAACCCGAGUUCCCGGAAUCCGUUGAUGCUUCGGGUGAUGUGCUCUCUCAUUUAGUGUCAUCGUUUGAUUAUAAAGGAACGGAGGGCAAUGUACAUGUCACAAUGCUUCCGAACCCAUCACAUCUUGAAGCCGUCAAUCCAGUAGCUAUGGGAAAAACACGAGCACGAGCGUGGAGCUUGUCAAAAGGAGACUACGCUGAGGAUGAUCGAGGCUCGAGGACCGGCGACUCCGUCUUGAAUGUCCUUAUUCAUGGCGAUGGCGCGUUCACCGGUCAAGGCGUUGUGUGGGAGUCGAUCUCGUUAAGUCAAGCGCCGCACUUUCGACUUGGUGGAACUGUUCAUCUGGUCACGAACAACCAAAUCGCGUUCACUGCCGAGUCUAGUGUUGGUCGAUCGACGAUUCACUGCACAGACAUCGCCAAAUCGUUCGAGUAUCCUGUUCUUCAUGUUAAUGGCGAUCAUCCAGAGGAAGUCAUCAAAGCUACGCGUUUAGCUCUUGCUUAUCGCGAACGAUUCCGUAAAGACGUGUUUAUCAAUUUGGUUUGCUUCCGACGAUGGGGACACAAUGAGCUUGAUGAUCCAACAUUCACUUCCCCAGUAAUGUAUAAGGAGAUUGAAGCUAGAACAUCUGUUCCGCAAAACUAUCUUGAUCAUUUGGUUUCACAAGGAAUUUUGAAUGAGGAUGAGGUGAAGAAAGAGCUGGUGCAGCAUACAGAAAGCUUGAACAACGCUUUGAAGCAGGUUGAUUCUACUGCGCCAGUAGAUGUUAGUCAUCGUGGAAACUGGGAAGGAUUCAAACAAGCGCCGAAAUGUAUCGAGACCUGGGACACUGGAGUUGAUAUUGAUUUGUUGCGAUUCAUUGGCGCUGCCAGUGUGAAGGUUCCUGAAGAUUUUGACACUCACAAGCAUCUGUACAAAAUGCACAUCGACUCGCGAAUGAAUAAAAUUCAAAGUGGAGAGGGAAUCGAUUGGGCAACAGCGGAAGCAUUGGCUUUUGGAAGUUUGAUUCUUCAAGGGAAUGAUGUUAGAAUCAGUGGACAAGAUGUUGGAAGGGGCACGUUCUGCCAUCGACAUGCGAUGAUGGUGGACCAAUCAACGGAUGCGAUUCAUAUUCCAUUAAAUGAAAUGAUCGAAGGACAGAAAAAUUAUAUCGAAGUUGCGAAUAAUUUGCUUUCUGAAGAAGCGAUUCUUGGUUUCGAAUGGGGCUUCUCGUCGGAGAAUCCGCGACGAUUGUGCAUUUGGGAGGCGCAAUUUGGCGAUUUCUUCAAUGGCGCUCAAAUCAUGAUCGAUACGUUCAUUGCUAGCGCUGAGAGCAAAUGGCUCACCUCAUCGGGAUUGACGAUACUGCUGCCGCACGGUUUUGACGGCGCCGGGCCGGAGCACAGCAGCUGCAGAGUUGAGCGAUUCUUGCAGUUGUGCGAUUCGAGAGAAGACCAAAAUCCAAUUGACGGCGAGAAUGUGAACAUGAGAGUGGCGAAUCCAACAACGAGCGCCCAAUAUUUUCAUCUUUUGAGACGACAAAUUGUUCCAAACUACAGGAAACCGCUUAUUGUCGUUGGUCCAAAGAUUCUUCUCCGCCAUCCAAAGGCCGCUUCGACGAUCCUCGAAUUUGGGCCCGGUACGAGCUAUAGGAAUGUGAUCAGCGAUUCGACGUGCAAACCCGACAAAGUCACGAAGAUAAUUUUCGUUUCUGGAAAGCACUGGAUUGCUGUUGAUAAGGCUCGCGAGGAGCGCGGGCUCAAGGAUACGGUAGCAAUUGUUCGUCUUGAGAUGCUUUGCCCAUUCCCGGUCAUUGACCUUCAAAAUGUUUUCAAGCAAUAUCCGAAUGCAAAAGAAUUCGUGUGGUCACAGGAAGAGCCGAGGAAUGCCGGAGCUUGGACGUUUGUGCGGCCGAGAUUUGAGAAUGCACUUGGAGUUAGGUUGAAAUAUGCGGGACGCCGCGAGCUCGCGUGGACCGCGACAGCCAUCGGCGAACACCACGCAAAGGAGGCGGAGGAAGUGAUUAAUCAAACUUUUGCAUAA